AACCCCAGCAACUUCUCUCGUUUGCAGUCAUGCUUUUUCAGUUUUACGUCGCCCUUCCCUGACUUCAGAGAAAGCCAUGACAGCAUUUGCUUUGCCCUUUGGCAGCCAGCGAAGUCCGUACAUGGACCAGACGACUCAGGCAACACUUCCAAGUCUGAACCACAUGCGCACACCGCACCAUAGUGGCAACUCGUUUGCGAGAUCUUUCGGAACUUUGCUGAGUUGCUUACUUAGCGUUGCUGUUGCAUCAGCUCACCGAAAGCGUUGCUCUUCGGUGAGAAAGGUUUCUGUGAAAGUACUUGAGAAAGCUGGGGCUGACACUGAUGGAGUCACUGAGAUCAACUACUACAAGUUGGAUGUAAUCCAAGCGGCCCAGAUUCGUGCCAAGGCUCGAGCAAUGGUUGAAGCAGGGGCACGCAGUCUCGAAGAAGUUGCUGCAGAAGAUCCGCAGCAGAGAAUGCUAGUUCUGCUUUCUACUCUGCAGGUGCUGGAGUUGCUCCAGGCCGUGUCAAGGCUAGCUGUAUUUUCGCAUGAGUUCGGACUUGCGUUCAAGGCCUGCCUCCCAUUGCUCUCGGUGUUGAAGCAGUUGAAAUACUUCUGGAACCUCCCGCAGAGUCACGUGGCCAUCUUGCUUGAGCGGUUGGCAGAGCAACUGAUGCCAGAGCAUGCUGCCCCGUUCCAAAGUUUGCAACACGACCUGGCACAAGAGCAAGAUUGUGUGGUGGCUAUCAAAGACUUGAAGGGCAUGCCUGAACCGGUGCGCGCCGUCUAUGACCAGAACGCUCACUACGUGGAGGUUGUGGAACCACAUGGAAGCUUCCCCACAUCAAUUUAUCGACAAAGUGAUGGUUUGACCUUGGCGGCACAGGAUGCCUUGACAAUCGAGUCAGUGAUGAGCACCACUAUCACUACGACUAUCAAAAUUGCUCGUGAUGUCCUUCAACCUUCCAACAGACUGCUGUAUGAUGUCUACAAGCCAUUAGGCCGCUGCGUGGCAGUGGUUGACGACAAGGUUGACGAUCACUAUGGCACUGACUUGGAGGGGUACUUCCACGCACAUGGCAUCGAGUUCGUGAAACUUGUCUUCAGCGGCAAUGAAGUGGACAAGAACCUCAGUGAUGUGGAACUUAUUCUCCUGGCUCUGAAGAAGCACAACCAGGCCCGUCAUGAACCUGUCUUGAUUGUCGGUGGUGGUGUCAUUGCGGACAUUGCUGGCAUGGCAUGCGCUCUCUAUUCCAGGAACACGCCGUACGUUAUGCUCUGCACAUCGCUGGUUGCUGGCAUUGAUGCCGGCCCUUCACCUCGAGUGUGCUGCAAUGGGUUUAGCUACAAGAACCUCUACGGUGCUUAUCACCCGCCCAUUCUGACCAUCACGGAUCGUGGUUUCUGGAAGACAAUGCACCCAGGUCAGUUGCGACAUGGCGUCGCUGAGAUCAUUAAGAUGGCAGUGAUGACAGAUUUGCGACUUUUCGAAUUGAUGGAGAAGUGGGGUCCAAAACUUGUAGCAACUAACUUUGGCAGUUUAAGCGAGAGUGAUGAUGCAACUUUCCAGGAGGUGUGUGACCUCAUUAUCGGGAAAGCAAUGGAGGGAUAUGUGCGCGCAGAGUAUGGAAACCUGUGGGAAACUCAUCAGUGUCGACCUCAUGCCUAUGGCCAUACAUGGAGCCCUGGUUAUGAGCUGCCGUCGGGGAUGCUACAUGGACAUGCUGUUGGCACUUGCAUGGGCUUUGGGGCAUACUUGUCUUAUAAGGAAGGAUGGAUCAGUGAGGCAGAAAUGCAGCGCAUCCUCAAGGUCAUCUCUGAUUGCGAACUCGCAUGUUGGCAUCCGGCGAUGGAAGACACCAAGUGCAUGUGGAAAGCCCAAGUGAACAUUGUGCAGAAAAGAGGUGGGAAUUUGUGCGCUCCGAUUCCCAGAGGUCUUGGAGGGUCGGGGUAUCUCAAUUCUUUAUCUGAGCCUCUCUUGCAUCAGAGGAUCUUUGAGUACCAGGAACUUUGUUCGCAGUACCCGCGUCAGGGUCGUGGUGUCGAAGAGCAUCACGUUGAUGUUGAUCUUGAGGACCCUGCCAAGAAAGCAACGGCUGUGGAUGCAGAACGCUUUAUCGUGACGUUCAUGGACCGCAUUGCAGUUCAGCUUGGCGCUGCAAGCCAGAAAACAAGUGGAGAAGGCCGGGGGUAUUUAAUUGCCUUCGGGAAGCGUGCCGGCCAUAGAGAGGUGGCCCCAAGGGAGUUUGAUUCAUGUGCGUUCUAG